AUGACAGAUGCUAAGCUCUCUCACUUAAAAUUAUCAUUCCCAGAAGCUGAUGAAUCCUCUUUAUUGGAGCUAUUAAUAAGCUGUGAUGGUUCAUUACCAACUGCUGAAUCUAUUCUUUUUGAAUCGUUCCCUAACGCAAAGAGAAGAAAGAUAAACAAUCAUUCCAAACAAUCAAAUUCAGGAGUUGCUAAAUCAAGUAACACAACAAAUGUGAAUAAACCAGUUUAUUUAUAUUCAAAAGAAGAUAUAGAAACAACAGUUCCAUAUUCAACUAUUCAUUAUGAUUUUUUGCCUAAAGAAUUAGCUGAUAGCUUACUUGAAACAUUAAUCAAAGACAAAAAGGGGUUUCAACCGCAAGAGUUUUAUCUAUUUGGUAAUAAAUGUGUUUCAAAUCAUAUGUCUAAAGUUUAUGGAUCAAGUACUAGUGAUGAAUUAUACUAUAAUGGUAAAAAAUACAAGUCAAGAGAUAGAUAUUCAGAUUCAAUGAAAAUGACACAAUUAUUGAUUGAAGAUCAAGUUAAUAAAGAAUUAAAAGAGCGACCAAGUUUACCAUUCCAAUCUGAUAUCCCAUGGAGAGGUGAUUUAGCAGUUUCAAAUAGAUUCAAUUCAAAAUCAAAUAAUCUUGAUUGGCAUUCUGACAGAAUGACAUACAUUGGACCACAUUGUGUUAUUGCAUCUUUUACAAUAGGUGCUACACGAGAUUUCAGAAUUCGGAAACAAUAUAAUGACCCAAAUUCAAAAUUUAAUACAAUGUAUGCAAUUCCAUUACCACACAAUACCUUAUUUAUCAUGCAUGCCGGCUUUCAAGAAGAAUAUAAACAUUGUAUUCCAGCUACAACUGAAUUCACACCACAUGAAAUUUCAGGGACGAUUCGAAUGAAUUUAACUUAUAGACAUUAUUUACCAAAAUUUCAAGAGAAUUUACCAAUGUGUUCAAGAUGUGGGAAUCAAAUGGAUUUAAGAAGAAGUUUCAAAGACCCCAAGACAAGAGGAAGAUAUAUUUGGGUAUGUACAGGAGGUUAUCUGGGUAAAGAAUGUAAUGGGUUCCAUUAUGCUGAUUUUACGAAAAAAUGUUUGUAUACAGAUGAUGUUGAAGAAUGCUCAAGAUGGAUUUCAAGGGAAGAUAAAGAAGCUCUACAAUGUUUUAGAGAAUCAUUAAUGAAUAAAUGA